AUGGAUUGCGUAACAGUUGAAGACAGCACCAGCUGGACCCAACUCUGGUUAGCCCACGGCCUCAAAUUUUGUAACGUUCUGACCGCCAAGCGGGUGCAGUGCGACGGCUAUCUGGACGAUUACAAUGUCAUCAAUGACAAAUACCUCACGUCGACGAAGCUCCUGCGUCACACGACCUACCAGACCAUGGAGGAAGCUCGCAUGGCUUGUCUCAGGAUGGGCCCGGCCUGCUGGGGCAUCUCCGAUGACAAGUGCGACACCGUGAACUUCAUGCUGGUGGAUGCGAAGUGGAACAUCACUGCGGACUCCUUGCUGGAUUCCAAGCAACACACCUGCCUCUACGAGAAGAGGAAGGCUUAA